UUUAUUAUGCAAAAAUCCCCAUAUUUUACAACAACAACAAUAAUAAUAAUAUAUAACUAUCUAGGGUUUUUCUUCUUCCUAAAUACCGCUGGCCCUAUCCCAUGAAAAUAAAUAACCCUAAUAUUUUUCCCUUCAAUUUCAAGGCUCCAGGGUUUUGAUUGUCUUCUAUUUUUUAGACUAUUGGCUUUGAAUUGUUUUUUUGCUUCGUUGCAAAGAUUGCUUCUUUUUUUUUUUGAAUAUUUUUUGAAGUUUUAGCGACUUGGUCUUUGUUUUCCGAUAAAGUGAUGGCUACCACGGGAGUAGAGGAGGUGGAAUACGAGAGUGAUCCAGAGGAGGUGAAGCGUUCUCUGGCAAUGCGGAGGAGGGAGGCGGCCAGUGACGAUGAGGAAGGAGAAAGGGAAGAAGAGAAUAAUGCUGAGGCGAGGAUGGAUCGAAGGGCUUUGAUUCGUUCCGAUGAAUCCGACGGUCAGGGCGGUGCUGCAGAUUACGAUGAUGACGAAGAAGAAUUGGACUUAGAAGAAGUCGAAGAAGAAGUUUAUGAUGAAUACGAGGAAGAGGAAGAAGAAAUUGAUGAAGAGGAGAUAGAUGAAGUUGGUAAAGUAGAAGUGCGAGGCAAUGUGAAGAUAACUGGAGAAGAUGUGAAGGAAGCGGUUGUGGAUAAUGGGAAUGGGGAUGUGGAUGAAGGACUGGGCAUUGAUAAUAAUCACAUUGGAGAGGAACAUGAAGAGGAAAAGAAGGAGAAUGAGCCCUUUGCUGUGCCCACUGCUGGGGUGUUUUAUAUGCACGAUGAUAGAUUUCGAGACAAUGUUGGCGGUCGUCAUAGGCGAACACGUGGUGGAAGGAAUUUGUGGGAAUCCAAAGAUGAUAGGAAAUGGGGACAUGACAAGUUUGAGGAGAUGACUUUGCAAGAAAAGCAUUAUGAGGAGGGAAGAUCAUCUAGAGGCAGGUAUCGAGCUCAGAGUAAAAAUCGUGGACCAGGUCGUGGUUAUCGUAGGGGAAGUGGGUCCAAAGCAUUUGGGAAAAACAACCACCAGAACAUGGCUCCAAAGGUGGUGAGAGGGAGAGGACCUAGGAGGUAUGAACCUAAUAUGAAAAUCAGCGGUCAAGCACCUCCAAAACAGGGCAGACUGUCUGGAAAGCCUUGUGAGAAAACAUCACAAGCCAAUUCAGGUAGAGCUUCCACCCUUGCAACAAAUGCCCAUACUGUAUCAGAUCCUAAUCUGAAACAUAUAUUUGCGUCAAGCUUGAGUUCUGCUUCCCCACCUUUUUAUCCAUCGGGGUCUUCCAACAAAGACACUGCUUUAACUCAGAAGAAAGAUGUGCAUGCUGAAAGUGUGAGCAGGAAUCUUUGCCCUUCUGUUACGGAUGAGAAUUUUUCUGCUUCACAAUCUAGUUCAUUACGAGGGAAGAACGUGCUUGAUUCUCUCAGCAUGGCAAAGCUUUAUAUUGAUGAUCCCAGCAUGUCAGCUUCUGCGAAGCCUUUGACCAAUGUGCAGAUGGUACCUUCUGGAUCUUCAUUGGGUAAUACUAGCCAACCCACUCAGUCCAGGGUACAGGGUAGAGGUGUAGCUAUCCCAGGAUUGAAGGCUUAUCAGCCAGCUCCUCAUCAGAACCAAGCCAAUAGAGUUUCUUCACCAACACAGAUCAUUCCUGUUCAGAGAAAUCCUGUUCUAGGUAGGGCUCAGUACUCUGUGCAAGGAGCAGCUCAGCAGCUGGGCCAGCAUACUGGUAUGCCUCAAGCUUUGUCUCCACCCAAAACAGCUAUGUCAGUCAAUUCCUAUGAAUCUGGAGAGGUUGAAUCUUCAGAAACAAGUAAACCCUUGGUGAGCAAGGGAAAAAGCAGUAUUCAAGGGGCUGGAAGAGGCUCUUUUCUGUACAGUGGAGCUCAGGUUAUGGGACCAACAGGGACUAUGGCUGUUGGCCAUGGUGAUAAAAACUUUCCUGCCUUUUUGCCAGUUAUGCAAUUUGGGGGUCAGCACCCUGGUGGCCUCAGUGUUCCUGCUGUUGGCAUGGCAUUUCCUGGAUAUGUUGCCCAGCCACAACUUGGUUUGGGAAAUUCAGAAAUGACGUGGUUACCGGUACUUACAAGUGCUGCUGGGCCUUUAGGGGCAACAUUUUGUUCACCUUAUAUCACUGUUGAUGGGGCUUAUCAUGCUCGUACCUCUGGACAGACAUCUUCAACAGGAUCCUCAAGCAAAGAAGAAAAUUCUAACAAACCAAAUAAUGAAUGGAAGCCAUCACAAAGACCUGAGGCUGUGAGUGAUGAAUUUGGGCAACAACAAAAUAACCCAAAUAAGCAGCCUCGCAGAUACUCCGAGAUGAGCUUUAGCAAGUGAUUUACUCAUUUAAGAUGGAGCCUGUCGCAGUAAACUGAUAAAGGCCUUUCUUUCGGGUCCUUUGUGAUCUCUAGCUUUUGACCUGGACCACUUUGGGCCACAAUUUGUUCCAGGAUAUUGUAGGCACUUUGGACGUUUUUUCUAGGCAUUUGAUCUUAAAGGAGUUCAAAUUCAUUAUAUUUGACAAACGCCUGGUCAUGCUACAUUCAGUUUAAGAAUCUUAUUGUGGCUUGACGGGUAGCAUUCCCUCGUUUAAAUUUGCGGUUUUUCUUGUGGCUUGAUUUUUCUAGUGAAGCUUGUGAGAAAUUUAGGCUGGCUUCUCCAUAAAAGUAUGAACAGGAAUUAUUGUGCAGCAGGUGUUUGGUUGGCGAAUUUUAGAUUAUUAUUGUUAUUUGCAUAGAUGGUGUUGAUAUUUGUGUUUGGUGAAGCUUACUUGGCUGCUUGUUGAUGAGUUAAGUCUGGUGUUGGUGAAGCAUAGAUGGUUUUGGUAUUUGUGUUUCUUACUUUUUAUGAUUUGAGCAGUGGAUUCUUUAAUUUAAUCAGUUAAAUGGGGGUGCUAAGUUGGUUUUGAAGCAUUAUUUUCAAAGCUCCUUGCUUGUUGUUUUUCUGUAUUGAGUUUGGUUGUACAUACGUAACAGGGCAAGCUUAGCUGAUGAUAUCUCUUGGAUGUUGUGAAAUGUGAUUAGCAUUAUAGCAUAUAGCUUUAGAUUGAGUCAUAAAGUGGUUGAUGAGUGAGUCACCUGAUCUCUUGUGCUCUCCCUCCUGUAUUGGAUUUGCUUCAAGUAAUCUCCCUUUUUCAAACUUGUUUAAAAUAAUUUUAAAAUAUAGAAAUGGUUUAUGUUGA